AUGCCUUCAUCGGCUUCUUCAACCCCUAAAAUAUUGACACAUGAUGUGUUUCUCAGUUUUAGGGGUGAGGACACCCGCCAAAGUUUUACGAGCCAUUUAUACCAUGCUUUGAUAGAGAAAGGAAUUGAUACCUUCAUGGAUGAUGAAAAACUGAAGAGGGGAAAACCCAUUGGCCCAGAACUCAUGAAAGCAAUUGAAGAAUCGAGGUUUGCAGUCGUCAUUCUUUCAAGAGAUUAUGCUUCUUCAACGUGGUGUUUGGAUGAACUUGCACAUAUUGUUGAUUGCAAGAAAGAGAAGGAACUCCAAAUUUUCCCGGUUUUCUAUCAC